AUGUCCGAACAUCCAGCAUUCACCAUGGCAGGACUCUGCACGGUCGGCGGACUGAUCGGCUUUGCCAAGACGCGCUCCAUCCCUUCGCUCGUGGCCGGAGUUGGCGUGGGUGUGCUCUACGCCCUCGCUGCUACGCGCAUCAAGGAAGGUGGCGACUACGGAUACGAGAUCGCUACGGGUGCGAGUGCUUUGUUGCUCGGAAGCUCGGCUCCAAGGUUCCGCAAGGGUCCCGUGCCCAUGGGAUUGACUAUGACGUCGGCUAUUGCGCUUGCGUACUAUGGUAAAAAGGUGUACGACUUCCGACAAUGA